AUGUCCAGCGCCCCGCCAAGCUACGAUGAUUCGCAGCAAGCUGCAUCAUCAUCAUCAGCUGGGUUCCCUACCAGCUCCUACGGCCACAACAACCAGCAAUAUCAGAAUAACACCCAGCAAAAUCCGUUUCAACCACCACAAUAUCCACCAGGAGAUCCUCCACCCUACCAUAACUGGCAAGAAGCCGUGCCAGAUACUUCAGUCUUCCCACCACCACCUAUCUCAGGUCACUACAGCUCUGGCACAGGAAAUGCCUCUGCUGACGAUGCUCAGCGAGCUCAUGACUUUUGCGACUCCACGCCGCUGUGGCUGCCCGUGGUGCCCUCUGCUGCGGUCUACUCGUGCGUGGUCAACCACGAUCUACGACCCGUCCAACAACGAGAGUUCGCCGGGGAACUGUCUCCGACUGCACCAGGCCGCUGGUUUGGCCGCACAGUUGAUCGCAACGGGGACUGCUGCGUACUGACCCAUCUCCCACUAUACUUUGCCGCCCAAGACUCCCCUUUUGUCACCGAGAAGCACAAGACGAUCUACUUCGAGGUCAAACUGCUCGCACUCCGCGCAGGCCCUGGGGGUGAUGCCAGCGGACUCUCUCUAGGCUUUGCCGCGCAGCCAUUUCCAUCCUGGCGCUCACCAGGUUGGGAGCGAGGAAGUCUGGGUGUGUUUUCCGACGACGGGUGUCGCUUCGUGAAUGACUCGUGGGGCGGGCGUGACUUUACCCAGCCGUUUAAGGUUGGCGAGACGCUGGGCAUUGGGAUGAAGUUCGCCCUGCCGGAUAAUCCGCUUGCCAUGGCGGAUGCCAUGUUUGGGACUAAGCGGGUCUGCAAGGCUGAGGUGUUUUUCACUCGCGAUGGGCAUGCCGCGGGUGGGUGGGACCUGCAUGAGGAGGUGGAUGAGGAGGCUGGGGGUGUGGAGGGGUUAGAGGGGGAUUUUGAUCUGUAUGGGGCUGUGGGAUUGUUUGGGGGCGUGGACUUUGAGGUUUGCUUUGAUCCGGCGGGUUGGCGAUGGCAGCCUACUGAAUAG